CAAUUUCUGAUGAUCAUUCAAAACCAGCCACUCUAUAAUUUAUAUGACUAAUUUAUAACCUUCCUAUAUGGUAACACUAUAUGUUGAUCCUUAGAUUCGAAUGCUAGUGGUUUCCCUUACCCAUUGGCAAAUAGGGUGGUGAUGAUGUUGUGGGAUAAAAAUAAAAAUAAAAAGUUGUAGACUUUUAGGAGAUGGGAGUGAAACAGCAAGGGAUGAUGGAGGAGGAGAAAGAAGAAACAACCAACCACAACCUGGAACAAAACAAAAACCAAAACCUUAACCUAGACCACAACAACCACCCUUCUAACACUCUCCCAAUCAAGGAAGAGAGUGGUUUUAGAUCAAAGGGUUUUGGAAGUGGUGACAGAGUGAAGAGAGAUGAAUGGAGUGAAGGAGCAGUGUCAACCCUUCUUGAAGCCUAUGAAGCCAAAUGGGUGCUCAGAAACAGAGCCAAACUCAAGGGCCAUGACUGGGAGGACGUGGCUCGACACGUGUCAGCACGUGCCAACUGCACCAAGUCACCCAAAACCUCCACACAGUGCAAGAACAAGGUGGAGUCCAUGAAGAAGAGGUACAGAUCAGAGUCGGCAACUGCAGAACAUCCCUCCUCCUGGCCUCUCUAUUCGCGCCUCGAUCUUCUUCUCAGGGGAACUGGCCCUCUCCUCUCCUCGCCACCACCCCCGCCGCUCGCGGUGCCACCCUCGUCGGCAGAACCGCCGCAACAGUCGCCGCCGUCAGAGCCACUUGCAGUUGUGCAGAACUCGAAUGGAUCCAAUGGGGUUGAUGAUAAGCUUGUCAAGGAAGAUGUGUUAGGAGAAAAGUGUUGUGAAGAAGUAUGUAGGAAGAAUCCAUUGGAGACAGAUAGCAGCACUCCUGCAGUAUACAGCAAUAAGAAGGAAAAGAGGAAGAAGAAGGUGAAUGAUGAGAAGAGAAGAGGGAGAAGAAGGAAAGAGUAUAUGGAGAUAGGAGAAAGCUUAAGAUGGUUAGCAGAAGCUAUGAUAAGGUCAGAAGAAGGAAGAAUGGAGACAAUGAAGGAGAUAGAGAGAAUGAGAGUUGAAGCUGAGGCCAAGAGAGGGGAAAUGGAUCUCAAGAGAACUGAAAUAAUUGCCAACACACAGUUAGAGAUUGCUAGGAUCUUUGCUACUGUCAACAACAAACCUCUUGAUUCUUCUCUAAGAAUUGGAAGGAAUUAAGAUCUUAAAUAAAUCAUGUUUUUUCUUGUAACUGCACAUAAACAUAACGAAUAAUAAUGUUAUGAAAUAGUUUAGAGGGAAAAAAUAUUCUCAAAUUGGUGGGGAAUGUUUUUCCAGAAUGCAUAUUGGGGGAUUACGAUUCCGAAUGUCUCUCACACUAUUAUCAAUUAACUGUAUUAUAUUGAGUAAAAAAAAUUUGAAUUGUUUCCAAUAAAAAUUGAAUUCUAUCAUUUUAUAAUUUA